AAAAAAUAGAAAAAGAUGAUUUAGAAGGAAAGUGUUUUGCCUGACGAGCUCAGUACGCUCCUUCUUCCCGUGAUCACUCCGUCGAGUGGACCGCCGCCAUCAUGUCGGGAGGUCUGAGUGUUAUGAGCCUGGAGGAGAACGAUGUGACAAGGUUCCUGGCUGCAUCAACCCACUUGGGCGCCAACAAUGUUAACUUCCAAAUGGAACAGUACGUCUUCAAGAGGCGUCAGGAUGGUGUUCACAUCAUUCAUUUGCGCAAGACUUAUGAGAAAAUCCUACUAGCAGCACGUUCAAUUGCUGCCAUUGAAAACCCUGCUGAUGUGUACGUGAUAUCAUCACGCCCCAUGGGACAGCGAGCUGUCCUAAAGUUUGCUAGGUACACUGGUGCCACACCAAUUGCUGGACGCUUCACUCCAGGAGCAUUCACAAAUCAAAUCCAGGCUGCUUUCCGUGAGCCUCGUCUGCUAGUUGUGACUGACCCUGCCUCAGACCACCAGCCCAUUACUGAAGCUUCGUAUGUCAAUAUCCCAGUUAUUGGCUUCUGCAACACUGAUUCUCCCCUUCGUUAUGUGGAUGUUGCCAUUCCCUGCAACAACAAGAGCCCUCACUCGGUUGGUCUGAUUUGGUGGAUGCUGGCUCGUGAAGUUCUACGUCUGCGUGGCACCAUCUCUCGCAACCUUCCUUGGGAGACUGAUGUUAUGCCCGAUUUGUUCUUCUACCGUGACCCCGAGGAGCAAGAAAAGGAAGAAGCUGCCAAGGCUGAGGCUGCCAAGGCUGAAGCAGAAGCAGCUAAAGCAGAAGCUCCAGCUCCCGAGACAUGGGUGAAUGACGUUGCCGAUGCAGAGGCUCCAGUUGCUGCGCCUGCUACUCCUGUAGCUGCUGGGACACCAGCACCAGUGGCUGGGGGUGUGCCUGUGGCUGGUGCACCACCUGCUGCACCUGCGGCUGUUGAAGACUGGGGCCAGGCUGGUGAUGAUUGGGCAACUCCUGCUGCUGGAACUGGUGAUGAAUGGGGUGGUGCUACUGAUGGUAACAACUGGUAAACAUCAAUAAAUUGUACACCAUA